AUGACUGAUCUUGACAACAGGGCCAAGACACAGUCUGUGAAGCUGACGGGGCAAUACACUGCUCCCAAGCUAGUGGAAGAUGAAAUCAUGGAAGAAGUGGAGAAUUCCCCGGUGGUAGUGAGUUCAGUGAGUUCAGGCAAUGGUAAAUCAGUAUAUUCGAAAGAGAAUGAUUACCAGAGGCGAAAGUACGAUACAAUACAACAAAUGGAAAAGGCAGGUGACGAGUCCAAAUCCUAUAAAGAGCGCAUGAAGCUGAAGUCAUUGGAAAAUGGUCAAGAGGACUCGUCUAAAGAGGAAGAAAAAGGUCUAGAACGAAGAAAACAGAGAAAACGUCGUUGGGAUGUUACUGACGAGGAUACCAAUCAGAUUGACAAGAAGACAAAAGUUGAUGGAGUGAUUGAGACCUCCAGUUUGCCCACUAUCAAUGGAAUUGAACUCAAUGACGAGAUUUUGAACAAAUUGCUUCCACCUGGAUUUGUGAAGAUACCACAGCCUGAAAGUUAUAAACCAAGAGACGAUGAAUUGCCAGAUUUCUCCAACUUCGAUGCCUCUGGCAAUGCUGAUGGCUACAUGAUACCGCAAGAGAGCAAAAUGCUCGUGGAGGCUAAAUUGGUGAACCCAGCCAUGAUUUCUGAUGUUUCGGGAAUUGGUGAACUACAGUUUUUCAAAGAAGAGGACAUGAAGUACUUUGGAAAACUCAUAGUGAAAAAGGAUGUUCCACCAGAGAGCAUGUCUGUGGAUGAAAAGAAAGAAAUCAGGACUAUGAGGCUUUUGCUGAGAAUCAAGAAUGGAUCAACACAAAACAGAAAGACUGCUCUGAGAUCUCUCACAGAGAAUGCCAGAUUCUUGGGACCAAAGGUACUAUUUGAUCAAAUUCUUCCUUUAAUGAUGGAGAAGAGUCUCGAGGACCAGGAAAGACAUUUGCUUGUGAAGGUCAUAGACAGGAUCCUCUUCAAGCUGGAUGAGCUGAUCAGGCCAUACACUCACAAAAUACUAAUUGUGAUCAUGCCUUUACUGGUAGACUCGGAUUUGGUGGCUAGACUGGAAGGAAGAGAGAUCAUCUCCAAUCUGUCAAAGGCCGCUGGUCUGGCACACAUGAUCUCAACUCUUAGACCUGAUAUAGACAGCUCUGAUGAUUACGUGAGAAACAUUGUUUCGAGGACUUUUGGCGUUGUCGCCUACUCCCUUGGUGUACAGAACCUGUUACCCUUUCUCAAGGCCGUGUGUCACUCCAAGAAGAGUUGGCUUGCCAAACACACCGGAGCCAGAAUUGUUCAGCAAAUUGGCAUGAUUAUGGGUUCAGGAAUUUUGCCGCAUUUGAAUGGCUUGAUUUCGUGUGUGGCUGAUUCGAUAAAUGACGAAAAUGCACAGGUGAGAAUAAUGACCGCUAAUGCGAUAGCUUCGCUGGCAGAAUCUGUUGCGCCGUAUGGUAUUGAGUCCUUUGAAGAAAUACUGCAAGACCUUUGGGGAGGAAUGAAGAAACACAGAGGUAGAGGACUGGCUGCUUUUUUGAGGGCUAUAGGUUCCACCAUACCACUUAUGGAUGAGGAGUAUGCCAACUAUUACACACGGGAAGUCUUCAAAAUUCUUUCCAGAGAGUUCUCUUCUCCUGACGAGGAAAUGAAGAGAACUUGUCUCAAGGUGGUCCAACAGUGCUGUGAAUCAGCUUCCGUUCUCACUAAAAAGUACAUGCUCAAUGAGGUUUUGGAAAAUUUCAUGACCAACUUCUGGAACAGAAGAACCGCUCUGGAUAAAAGAGUAGCAGGUUUGUGUGUCCACACAACUGUCACGAUUUCCAAGAAGGUUGGAUGUGCUGAGAUUGUUGAGAGGAUCCUUGUUCAUUUGAAGGACAGUGCCGAGCCAUUUAGGCGAAUGGCUGUAAGCACUUGCGAUACGAUAAUCUCAGAGAUAGGUAGCAUGGAUCUUUCAGAUAGAACGGUUCACAGGCUCGUUGACGGGUUACUUGUUGCAUUCCAGGAGCAGACGACACAAGAUCCGGUUUUCCUGAAUGGCUUUGGCCACAUUAUUAAAUCGAUCGGCAUAAGGUCAAAGCCUCAUUUGCCCUCAAUCCUGAGUACACUUUUGUACAGGUUGAAAAGCAAGUCUCCCGAGGUUCGUCUGCAAGCUGCUGAUUUAAUUACUCAGAUAGCACCGGUAAUCAAGCUGUGUGGGGAAGAGGAUAUUUUGGCCAAGCUGGGAUCCAUAUUGUAUGAAUCUUUGGGAGAAGUGUUUCCCGAUGUUUUGGGAUCGGUGAUUGCAGCUCUUGGUUCAAUCGUGGUGGCCUUGGGUGCCGCUUCCAUGAAUCCACCAAUUUCUCAAAUUCUGCCAACUCUGACCCCUAUAUUGAAGAAUCGUCAUGUCAGAGUUCAAGAAACCACCAUUGAGUUGAUUGGAAAAAUUGCGGACAAAGGAAAAGAGUUUGUGAACCAUCGCGAAUGGAUGCGUAUCAGUUUUGAAUUGCUCGAAAUGUUGAAAGCAAGUAAGAAGUCCAUCAGAGUCGCUGCAAAUGAGACCUUUGGGCACAUAGCCAAGGCAAUCGGACCUGCGGAUGUUUUAGUGACUUUGUUGAACAAUUUGAAGGUUCAAGAACGUCAAUUGCGUGUUUGUACAGCAGUUGCGAUUGGAAUUGUUGCCAAAACAUGUUCGCCAUUCACAGUUCUGCCUGCACUAAUGAAUGAGUAUCGUACACCAGAAGUUAAUGUCCAGAACGGUGUUUUGAAAGCUAUGACUUUCAUGUUUGAGUACAUAGGAGACAUGAGUGCUGAUUAUGUCUACGCUGUGUCUCCUCUUCUGGAAGAUGCUCUCAUCGAGAGGGAUCUUGUACAUCGCCAAACUGCUGCUACGGUAGUCAGACACAUGGCUCUGGGAUGCGUUGGGAUGGGACUGGAGGAUGUGUUCUUGCACUUCUUGAACUUGCUGAUUCCAAACAUAUUUGAAACCUCGCCGCAUGUCAUCAGAAGAAUCAUGGACGGGAUUGAAGGAUGUCGUAACAUCGUGGGUCCAGGCUUGGUGAUGAACUAUUUACUUGCCGGGUUAUUCCACCCUGCUCGAAAGGUGAGGCAUGCUUACUGGAGGAUCUUCAAUGAAAUGUACGUUCAGAGCUGUGAUGCUAUUGUUCCUUUCUAUCCUAGGCUGGACGGUGUAGGUCCUGCCCCAGCCAUGGAAGGAAAUGCCGCGACGAGAACACCAGACAUUCCUGAGCUUGAUCUUAUGAUCUAG